AAACAGGAAAGGACGUCCCAUCAGGAAGAACCUGAAGGUGCCAUCCAGUAGCUGCGCCUCACGUCACUGAUUGCCCUCAGUCAGAAAUCUCGACUUGCAACUUUAGAGGGUGGGUCUCUGAAGGAAUUUCAGAGCUCACUCGGAGAUGAAGAGAGCUGCUCUCUGAGGACACGGAGCCUGGCUGGGAAGCUGGGAGCCUGGCUCCGACUGCUUGAGCCGGGGGCGCCUCUGUGGACUGAAGUUUCGGAAAGGGAUGUUGUGAAAGGAAACGCUGCACUUUAAUACACACACACACACACACACAUAUAGUACCUGAGAUUGUCGGUAAUAAGCUGUCAUAUAUACUCAAGAAUGUUUCAGACGUUUAAAGACUGGUUUUGGUUGGAAAGAUUCUGGCUUCCAACAACAAUAAAGUGGUCAGAUCUCGAAGAUCAUGAUGGGCUUGUCUUUGUAAAACCCUCUCAUUUGUAUAUGACAAUUCCUUGUGCUUUUGGCUUGCUGAUUAUCAGACACUUCUUUGAAAAGUUUAUUGCCACACCUCUAGCAAAAGCAUUUGGCAUUAAAGAGGAAGUUCGAAAGAUUAUACCAAACCCUGUCUUAGAGAAUUUUUUCAAACAUUCCACAAGGCAACCAUCUCAAACUGAUAUUUAUGGACUGGCAAAGAAGUGUAACUUGACAGAGCGCCAGGUUGAAAGAUGGUUUCGGAGUCGGCGGAACCAAGAGAGGCCUUGCAGGAUGAAGAAAUUCCAGGAAGCUUGCUGGCGAUUUGCAUUUUACUUAGUGAUUACUAUUGCUGGAAUCGCGUUUCUGUACGAUAAACCUUGGGUAUAUGACCUCUGGGAGGUGUGGAACGGCUAUCCCAGACAGCCCUUGCUGCCAUCCCAGUACUGGUACUACAUUUUGGAGAUGGGGUUUUAUUGGUCUCUCUUAUUUAGCCUGAGCUCUGAUGUCAAGAGGAAGGAUUUUCUAGCUCAUGUCAUCCACCACCUGGCUGCUAUUAGUUUGAUGAGCUUCUCUUGGUGUGCUAAUUAUAUUCGCAGUGGGACCCUGGUGAUGAUUGUGCACGAUGUGGCCGAUAUCUGGCUGGAGUCUGCUAAGAUGUUUUCUUAUGCCGGGUGGAAGCAAACCUGCAACAUCCUGUUUUUCAUCUUUUCUGCAAUAUUUCUCAUCAGCCGCCUCAUUGUUUUUCCCUUCUGGAUUUUAUAUUGCACGCUGAUUAUACCUCUGCACUACCUCGAUCCCUUCUUUUCGUACAUCUUCCUCAACCUGCAGCUCAUGGUCCUGCAAGUCCUUCACCUGUACUGGGGUUACUUCAUCCUGAAGAUGCUCAAAAGAUGUAUAUUCAUGAAGGACAUCCAGGAUGUGAGGAGUGAUGAUGAGGAGGAGUGUGAAGAAGAGGACGAGGAAGAGGAGGAGGAGGAGAAGGCAGAGGCCACCAAAGGCAGAGAGAGAGACUGUUUGAAGAAUGGACUUGGGGCCGACAGGAAACUCAUUCCCAAUGGCCAGCAUGGCCGUUAGCCUGAAGCCCACGUCGGUCCUGGGCACCCUGUGCAGUGAGGGCUGCUGGAAGCCGGAAGUGCUGCCCCUCGUCACAGUGGCGCACAGGACUCCCAGGGACCCCGGAUUUUGCCCUCCCUCUUUCUAACCCCCCCUCAAAUGUAUUUAACAAAAUGUUGUUGAGUUGUGUUAAAAUGUUAAAUAUAAGUGUUUCCAUGGAUUUACUGCAGUUAGGACUCAGACUGGUCAAAGAUUUCGAAGAUUUCUCCAGAGAAAUGUUUUGUUUCUAACUGUGUUCAUUCAUUGGAGACAUCGGCAUUUUCAGGAACUCACUUUGCUAUGGGCCUUUCACCUUCCUGCCUGGCCCGUCCUCAGGUGGUGUGAGAAGUGUGCUAAUUUAACCCACUUUCUCCCAGUGUGUCUGGCCACAGAGAGCAGCUCAUUUCCCAAAAAAUGAAUUAGAGGUGGCAAUAGAGCAGGGACUGAAGCACCAAACCAGAAGACCAGGCUUCCAGGCUCCUGGGCCACUUCCUGCCCCGGGCUUGUCGAAUCCUCCCAUGCCCUGGUUCCAUCUCUCCAGUGGGAAAAGUAGUGCCUGUCCCGCCCACCUCACCGGGUUGGAGCUAGGAUCAAAGGAGACAGCAGGGGUGAGAGUGCCUUCCUUCCCUCCGCUGAGGUGUUACUGUCACCUGACCCUCUUUUCACUACGAUUCCAGCUCUGUUUGCGAGACAGAACCCUGGCUAAGCUUGGCAUUGAAUGGCUUGAACGGACAUACACAGUCUUAAAAGAAUUCCCAUUAAAAGUGUCUGGAGAUACCUGGAAAUGCAAAUACCCAGGAGGCUGUUCCCAUUGUAUUCGGUAACUAUUUAUUUAUCAGUUCCCCUGGGGUAAUCCUCAAAUUCCCUGGGAAUUCUCCUCCCUCAGGCCCAGUGGCCUAGGGGAGGGAGUUUGGGCCCUGUGUCUUCCAGUUUUGUGCGGGUCUCUCAUUCUUUUCUUUAAAAGAGGACCUUUCUUGCUGCUGCCCUGAGUGCCCCCUUCAGGCCAGCAGAGCUACCCAGCAUGCCAUAGGGCCCACUUGGGGGCCUGUCUGGGGGAGUUGGACGGACCAUUUUCUCACUGAGCCGUUAUCACCCAGAAAGCCUGAGCACACUACUUCAUCUCUGUGUCCAGCCCAGUCAGAGUGGAGAAUAGUAAAACAGAUCAACGAGGCUGGAAAUACCCCUAAGACUACCCAAGAGCAGGUGCUAGAGUCAGCAACAGCUCCUGGGGCCAGCUGAUCUCUGGGGGCGGAGGGUGGAGAGGAGCUGCUCUGGGUCCCCACAGGGGCAUGUCUCCUGAGCCCAGAAGGCAGGACAGGCCUCAGGGACGUCUUAGGUUUCUGCUGACUGAGGACAGACCCAGUCUGGCAGAGGAGCCCGAGCAGAGUAAGCAACCUAUCCCCACCCCCGCCAGUCUUCCAGUCUUCCGUAUUUUGUAGUCACACUGCGUACCUUCAUCUUGUCUCACUCAGGGCCCGUAGUUACAGCCAAGUGAGAGCUAGGACGGUGGGACCCUAAAGCAAACAGGCUCCACUGGCGCAGGCUGCGGCCCUGGAGCAGGAUGGCACUGUGCGCAGUAAAGGUAUCUGCACUGUUUUUUUUUUUUACUAAAAAGAUAUUUUUGAAACCUCCAGAUUAAAGCAAAACCAAAACUGAAACCCUUCAGGAUUCUUUCCCCAACAGAAUCCCCUUUUGAGGAAUCAUUCUCUACAUAAUGUUUGCUUUUAUGAGUAUAGUGCAUUAUAUGUAUAAUGUUAUACUCCACUCAGUUAAGGGCAUAACUGUUGAAUUAUUAAUAUUAUAUUAUUAUUUUUUUGGUGGAAGAAGAGCACAUUAAGAUUUUAUUUUUUAAUGUUUUUGGUUGGCAGAGUAUUUUUUCUUUGAUUUAUUUUGGUCUCAUCUCUUGUCUUCUUAAGGUAAAAAAAUUGCUUACUUGAUGCUCUACCCUCCAGUUUUGUUUCAUACUUGAAUGCUGAAGGUAACAUUGAUGUGCCAAUUCCAACCAUCUCUGAUACAACUAGGGCGCUGAACUGCCUCUCAAGAGGUAGAGGAGCAUGCUUGCGACAUCCUUUAGGGCUUUUGGGUUGACCUGAAAGUAACCUCUCUUUCUCCGGGAAACAGGGCUCAUACCAUGCCAGCUGACUUUAGGAAAACGCAGUUUACCCUGCCUCCAACGUCACUGUCAUGGCAGUGACUUAUGGUCAAAUGCAGACAGGAAGCAGCAUGCAUGGGGACAGAGCAGCCUGAGCACACACGUUGCGUGGCUUCUGAGCGAUAGUUACUGUUCUCACCUAGUUGUGGAAACCAUCUGCAUGGUCACUAGAAACGCCCUGCCGGGGGUCAGAGGGCACAGAGCCAAGUUAGGGUAUUAGGGCUGCUGGCCUUGGGGCACCAGCACCAGACAAGAGGUAGCGGGUUGGUCUUGACUGGGGUGAGCCUCUUGGCCGUGCACAGUGUAGACAGACAGACACCUAUGGGUGAGAAUCUAACCUGGGUCGUGGCACCUGGGCCCUGGGGCACAAGGCACUGUUGUGAUGCUAACUGAGAAAGAGGACUGAUCCUCAAGGUGCUUUCUCAUCCCCUUUUCUGUACCUGCCUUUCAGAGGUAGAGGAGGAAAUAGGGUCUAGAUCGAUGGUUCAUUUAGCUGUCCUUCAGGAUGACCUGUGGAGCUCAAAACACACCUCGCCUGCUCUGUGGGCUGCUGCACAUUUUGAUUCAGCCCUGCCGGGGUGAGAACCAGAAAUCUGCACUUUAACCCAGUCUGGUGCUUCCGAAGAGCAGUCAGCAGUCUGCACGUUCCCACCUGCUUGUGUGCCCACUAGCAGGGGCAGAGCUGACAGCUGGGGGAUGCCACGAUACAGACUCUUUAACCCAAAAUAAAUCUGUCACGAUAGGUAAAGCAGACAUUGAACAGGUAGUAAGAGAGUACUGUGAGCCACUAUGUCAGUAUAUUUAAAGGUGUAAAUAAAAUGUGUAAGUUUCUAGAAAAAUACAACUUGACAAAAUGAGCACAAGAAGAAAUAGCUAGCUAAACAGUCUUCUGUAUAAAACAAAAUUAAAUCUGAAAUUAUAAAAUUGGCCUCCCCCCAGAAAAUAUCUUCAGGCUCAGAUGGCUUACCCAGUGAAUUCUUCCAAUAGCUAAGGAAGAAUUAACAGAAGUAUUGUGCAAACUUUUCCAGACAUGGAAGGAGAGAACACUUCCACACUUCUUUUAUAACCUUGAUACUAAAAAUAAAAUCUGAUAAGAAUAUUAGGAGAAAAAAACCCAAACACCUAAAGGCUGACUCACUCAUGAACAUGGGUACAAAAGCCCUAAACCAAAGCAGUCUGAAUGCAGCAACAAGUGAGGAAGAGAGUGCGUGAUAAACAGUUGGGUUUAUUUCAGGAACUUGGGUUUAAUUUGCUAUUUGAAAAUCAAAGUUAUUCACCAUUUAAAAAGAACAAAGGAAAAAGUCAUAUCUUCAAAAGCCUUACAUACAAUUCAACAGCAAUUCACUCAAAAAAACAAAAACAUAAUCUUAUGGAUAAGUAGGAACUUUCUUAAUCUGAUAAACAGCAUCUUCAGAAAGCACAAAGCUGGCGUUAUGGAAUGCUGUAAUAGCAAAAUGUUGAAAGCUUCUCCCCUGGGAUUAUCACUGAGACAGGGAUGUCCAUUAUUUGCCAGGAUGCCCAUCAACCCGAAUAUAGUCAGCACUGGAUUUUUCAAACUAGCCAAGGUACUAUCUCAAGAAAUAAAAAUGACAAGAGUUAAAAGGAAGAAAUGGAAACUCUUACUACAGAUGUAAAUGCAACCCCUCCACACAUACCACGUGUAUAAUUUAUACAGAGAUGCCAAGGGACAAGACCGGCCAAGACAAUUUUAUGGAGAACAAAAGGAGAGAACUUACUCUACUAAAUUCCAGGACUAAUUAUAAAGAGGCAGCAAAGCAGCAUGAAAUUGGUAUAAGGGUAGACAAACAGAACAAAAAAAAGCUAUAUAAAGUCCUGAAACAAAUGCAGUCGUAUAUGGACAGUCGAGUAGCUUUAAGAAUAAAAGUUAAACUUGACCCCUAUUUAACACCACACACAAAUAAAUACCAGGUUUUUUUGUACUAUGGGAAAGGUAAAAAUAUGUAAGCUUUCAAAGGGAAACAUGAAAGGACAUCUUCAUGACCUUAUUAAGAGGGGCAAAGACUUCUUAAAUAAAACAGAAUUUAAAGGAGUAUCCAAAAGGAAAAGAUUAAUGAAUUAGGUUAAAUGAUAACAGAGGACUUCUCUUUCUCAACAGAUACGAUUCUGGGAGUGAGAAGGCAAGCCUCGGAGUGGGAGGGAAUAUUUGCAACCCUUACAACUGACCAAGGGCUCAUAUCCAGAAUGUGCAAAGAACUCCUACCAAAAAAAAAAAAAAUACAA